UGAGAUUAGGAGGGCUAAUUAGACUUUAGCCUAAAGUAAGUUGUCUUGACCAGAAGACAGUGAAGUGAAGCGCAGCAGUAUAAAAGAGGUUUGUGAAGUGAGUGAGAGUGGAAGCAGAGAAGACAGAAGAAUGGGUUCGAAGGGGAAGAAGAAAGGUUCACCGGAAGACAUUCUGGAAACCCUAGGAGACUUCACGAGCAAAGAGAACUGGGACAAGUUCUUCACCCUUCGCGGUGAUUCCUUCGAGUGGUACGCCGAAUGGCCCAACCUCAGGGACCCACUCCUCUCCCUCCUCAAAACCGUUCCUCUCCCGCUUCAGCUCCUCGUCCCCGGCUGCGGCAACUCCCGCCUCUCCGAGCACCUCUACGACGCCGGCCACACCGCCAUCACCAACAUCGACUUCUCCAAGGUCGUCAUCUCCGACAUGCUCCGCCGCAACGUCCGCGACCGUCCCCUCAUGCGAUGGCGCAUCAUGGACAUGACCGCCAUGCAGUUCGAGGAUGAGAGCUUCGGUGCGGUUAUUGACAAAGGUGGACUGGAUGCUUUGAUGGAGCCCGAACUUGGCCCCAAAUUGGGGAACCAGUACUUAUCAGAGGUGAAGAUAGUUUUAAAGCCUGGGGGAAAGUUUGUGUGCCUUACCUUGGCUGAAUCUCACGUACUUAAUCUACUUUUCUCAAAGUUCCGACUUGGGUGGAAAAUGAGUGUUGAUGCCAUACCUUUAAAGUCUUCUGGCAAACCUAGCCUUCAAACAUUUAUGGUGGUUGUGGAGAAGGAGCUGUCUACUUUAGUGCACCAGAUUACAUCAUUGCUCCAUAAUUCUUCACUUCAUUGCAAUUCAAAACAGGUUUCUGGACUUCAUGAGGCUCUUCAAAAUGAGAAUCAAAUUCGUGAAAAAUACUCCAGCGGCUCCAAUUUAUUAUAUUCUGUGGAAGAUCUGCAAGAGGAGUUGACAAAGCUAUCUCAAGGUCGGCGAUUGCAGCUAACUCUGGGUGGACAAGGGUACUCCACUUUUUCUUACAGAGCUGUAAUUCUUGAUGCCGAGGAACAGGCCAGCCCAUUUACCUAUCACUGUGGGGUUUUCAUUGUGCCUAAGACUCGUGCACGUGAAUGGCUUUUCUAUUCUGAAGAAGGACAGUGGAUGGUGGUCAGAAGCUCUGAAGCAGCUCGUCUCAUAAUGGUUUACUUGGAUGCCAGCCAUUCGGAUACCAGCAUGGAGGAGAUUCAGAAGGAUUUGUCUCCAUUGGUUACGCAGUUGGCACCUGCAGAAAAUGAGAAUGGAGCUAAAAUACCUUUCAUGAUGGCAAGUGAGGGGAUCAAGGAGCGAAACAUCAUUCACAAGGUCACAUCUUCAUUAACUGGAUCAAUUAUUGUUGAAGAUGUAAUUUAUGAAAAUGUUGAUAGUGAAGUCAGUUGUAUUUUUCCUUCUAGAGAGUUGGUGUUUCGACGCCUUGUAUUUGAGAGAGCUGCAAAUUUGGUGCAGUCUGAAGCUCUGCUAAAAGAUGAACAGUCACCUACUAAAUUGGUUAGUGAGACAGGCAGGAAGAAAAACAAUGCAUCUUCCAAAUCUAGAAAAAGUGGAUCUCAGAGACACAGUAUUGGAGCAAGCAGCCAGUUGACCGUCUAUCAUGGCUAUGUAGCUAGUUCUUAUCAUACAGGGAUUAUUUCAGGGUUCACGCUAAUAUCUUCUUACAUGGAAAAUGUGGCAUCAAGUGGGAAAAUGGUAAAAGCAGUAAUAAUAGGUCUUGGAGCUGGUUUACUUUCCAUGUUUCUUCACGGGUGUAUCCCCUUUUUGGAAAUUGAGACUGUGGAGUUAGACCCCAUGAUUGUUGAUAUUGCAAGGGACUACUUCAGUUUUGUUGAGGAUAAACGCCUAAAGGUGCAUGUAGCUGAUGGGAUCCAAUUUGUCCGAGAGAUUGACAGUUCUGGAGCACCUCAGAUUCAUGGAAAAAGUAAUGAUCCUAGUAAUACUGAGUCUGCUCUAAAUGCAAGUUCAACUGUGUCUCAUGCUGGUGUAAAAGUGACAAAAGUUGAUAUAAUUAUUGUUGAUGUUGACUCUUCAGACCCAAGCUCGGGAUUGACAUGCCCUGCUCCGGAUUUUUUGGAUGAGUCUUUUCUUGAGACCGUAAAGGAUAAACUUUCAGAGGAUGGUCUCUUUGUUGUCAAUUUGGUGUCACGGUCCCAAGCCAUUAAGGAUAUGGCUCUCUCAAAAAUGAAAAAGGUUUUCAGCCACCUCUUCUGCCUCCAGCUUGACGAGGACGUCAAUGAGGUUCAUUUUGCCCUCAAAUCUGAGUCCUGUAUUGAGGAUAGCUGUUUCUCUGAAGCUUCUCUUAAACUUCAUAAAUUGUUGGAGUUUAAACACCCGGAGAUAGGUCAAAACAUUAUCAAUGCGACCAAAAAGAUAAGACAUUUGAAGUGAAACUUGCUCUCCUUCCUUGCCAUAGUUAUGAGCAUGAUAUUCUUCGUCUGUGAUGUGAAUGCUUGCUAUCUCAAAUUCGGAAGUGAUUUCAGCCAAAUGUUUGUCAUUGAUCUGCGGACUGAACUGUCUAGUACUCAUCAAUAGUACUUAAUGGUUGAGUGAUGUAUAAAUAAAUGACUUGUGAGUUGUGAUGAUAUUGUAGCGCAUUCACCCUUUAUUUCAUAUGGGUGUCUGCUUCAACGUUUAAGGGUUAUGGAUAACAUUCCCUGGAAUAAUUCGCUGUGAAUACUAUCCUCUAGGAAUUUUCCUUCGUUAAGAUUUGUUUGACUGGUCUUUAAAAAACUUACUGGAAAGUUUACAAUUCUUGGAAAA